UGUAGCUGUUUAUAUAUAUAUACAUAUAUAUACUGUAGUAGUAUAUAUAUAUACUGUGUGUGUGUAAAAUAAAUGGAUAGAUAUUUUUUAAAAUAUUCAAAGUUGCCCAGUUGUUCCACCUCCUAAGCCCAGCACAACCUUUCCAAGGCAUAGUCUCUAUAAAAUGAUCAGAGGCCUUUAAUUCCUGGGAGGCUGAGGCAGUUGGAUCUCUGUGAGUUCAGAACUAGCUUUCCUGAUAUACAUAAUGGGUUCCAGGCCAACCAUAGCUACACAGUGAGACUUUGUCUCAAGUUAGAUAAUAAAACUAAAAACGACAUCAGAAUUUCCUUUAAAGAGCCUCAUCUAAGAGACCAUGGAGUCUGAGGAGUGGAAUGGAGGGUAUGUUUAUUACUCACUCUUCGGAUCUGACCCACUAUCCCUCUUCUCCAAUUCCAUCGAGUGUUUGUGUAGGACUGAUUAGACACUGUCUCCUGCGGGGUGUAGUGGCAUGAGCCUGUAACUUCUCACAUCACCAAGGAAGCUGAAGUAGGAAGCUUGCUGUGAGUUCAGGGUCAGCCUGUGCUACGUAGUGCUUCCGGGCCAGCUUGGGCUACCUAAGAUUUUGUAUAAAACGAGCUAUAUGUCCUUAAUCUCAGAAGUCAGGAGGCAGAGGCAGGCUAUUUGCGCUGUAGUCAGCCUGGUCUACAUAGCAAGUUCCAAGCCAUCCAGACCUACACAGUGAGACCCAGUCUCAAAUAACUAAACUGAAAGGGAUAAAAAGGAAGAAAAAAGAAACUAUAGCUUCGGGUAGGCACCCCUUCAAAACAAAAGGAAGGGUGUGUAGGCACCGCUGCACCUGUACUGUGGGACACAAACUACAACUCCCAGGGUAGCAACAUCUCAGCAGGGUGAAAGGCGUGACUGAACUCUCAGAGGAGGCGGGGACCAAUCUGGAGCCACCCAGACAACUUCCAGAAAAGGGCGUGGACAUGUGACCACCAGGAAGUUACCUGUAGAAUCUUUUAUGUUGCUUUCUGUGUACCACCUUUCCAGCUACCCCUUCAUCGGAAAGCCGCGGACCAAUAAGCCCUUCUUAAAAAGAGGUGAACCGAUUCACCGUGGGACAACCGGCUUAGGGGAAAAAAAAAACCCGAAGGAAAUAGUCACUUGUUCAUCCUAAAGACUAAACACAGAACGCAUCAUCCUCAGAACCCACUUGUGGACUGUCUGUAGCCCUUGCUCUGCCUCAGAGGGAGGGGAAAACUGGAGAACUUGGGAACUGCCAAAGCUAACUGGGAUCUGUUUGCUCCAGCACCAAACGAUAGACAACUAUGGCUUCCACCGUCUGGGGGGGUGCCCCCUGGUGGGGCCCACCACCCCCAGCCCCAGCCCGGCCUCUCACAGACAUAGACUUCUGCUCUGGCGCACAGCUGCAGGAACUCACUCAGUUGAUUCAGGAGCUGGGUGUUCAGGAGAGUUGGAGUGAAGGGCCCGAACCUGGAGCCGAUCUUCUCCGAGCCAAGGAGUUUGUCUUCUCUCUACUCGGUCUAGUUCACCGCCAGGACCCUCGUUUUCCACCCCAGGCAGAACUCUUGCUGCUUCGCGGUGGAAUUCGCGAAGGUUCCGUAGAUUUAGGGCACGCCCCCUUAGGUCCCUACUCCCGGGGACCUCAUUAUGAUGCCGGCUUUACAGUCCUUGUGCCUGUGUUUUCUCUGGAUGGCACUGGGCCCGAGCUGCUACUGGAUCUGGAAUCCUGUUCUGCAUGGCUCCGCCUUCCAGAACUGAUGCGCGGAAUUUUGGUCCGAGAGGCCUGGCUGGAUUGCCUAGGACCCCCUGUCCCAGAAGAAAGUGAUAUGACUCCCCAAACUCAGGGCAAAGAGAGUCCCACCGACCGGGGAAACUCUGUAGAUCAGUCACAUGAUUGUGUCCCUGAACCUGAGCCACAUAUGUCUUUGCAAAAAUUUAGUGACCUUUCAGGGUCCCAAUCUCCUUAUAAUGACAUCGCCAAUCUUGAAGCUCCUGAACCAUUGGAAACACCGAGUAGUGAGGCCUUGGAAACCGACGAAAGCCCAGUUCCAAGGCCGUCGGAGGCUGCAAAGGUGUGGCCCACAUUAUGCCCGACCCAAGUAGCUUCUUGGUUCUUCGUUAAGUUGGCUGAGGUUGCUGAGUCCCUGAUCCCCGUCCCAGGCGCCCCGCGGCUAGUUCAUGCAGCUCGCCACGCGGGUGUCACCACUGUCCUCCUGGCAACUCCAGAGCCCCCACGCCACCUCCUGCUCUUCGACCUGAUCCCGGUGGUGACCGUGACAGGCUGGCCCGACGCGGCUCGGAGCCACUCGUGGGCGGGUCCACUGGUCUCUGAAUCGUCCUCUUUCUACCUAGUGCCGGGCAGCCUCCCGGAGCAGCAGGGCACCUCUGGAUGGCAGUUGUGCUUCGCCCGCCAGGAGCUGGCGCUCAAAGCGCGCAUCCCCACGCCGCUGCUUCAGGCACACGCGGCGGCCCAGGCGCUGCUGCGCCCGCUGGUGGCGGGGACCCGAGCCGCUGCGCCCUACCUCCUGCGGACCUUGCUCUACUGGGCUUGCGAGCGGCUCCCGGCGCUCUACCUGGCGCGGCCGGAAAAUGCCGGCGCUUGUUGCCUUGGGCUACUGGAUGAGCUGAGCCGAGUGCUAGAGGCCGGGACGCUGCCUCAUUAUUUUUUGAGCGGCCGAAAGCUCCGUAUGGGAGACGGCUCUGCUGCUCUGCGCGGGGCAUUGGCCCAGCUUCGCGGGGACCCUGCACAGGCCUUGCGUGAGGCCGUGGAGGAAGCCAAGGUUGCCCGCAAAGGGGGCGGUUUAGCGGGCGUAGGGGGCGGGACCCAUUAAAGAUUCUACUCCUAAGGGAA